AUGAAGGGAAGUUCAGUCACUCUGAACUCUGGUCUUACUAAAAUGAAAGAUGAUGAUCAGAUUCAGUGGAGGUUUGGAAAUGAAAACACUUUAAUAGCUGAAAUCAAUAAACGGACCAACAGCAUGACUGUGUAUGAUGAUGUUCUUGAUGGGAGAUUCAGAGACAGACUGAAGCUGGACAAACAAACUGGAUCCCUGACCAUCACAAACAUCACAACUCAACAUGCUGGAGAUUAUGAACUACAGAUCAACAAUGUGAGAAAGUGUUUCCUUCUCACUGUCUAUGCUCGUCUGCCUUUUCCUGUCAUCAGUAGAUACUGUUCUUCAUCAUCAUCAUCAUCAUAUUGUUCAUUGUUGUGUUCAGUGCUGAAUGUGAGAAAUGUGACUCUCUCCUGGUACAAAGGAAACAGUUUAUUGUCCAGCAUCAGUGUGUCUAAUGUCAGCAUCAGUUUCUCUCUACAUCUGGAGGUGGAAUAUCAGGAUAAAAACAGCUACAGCUGUGUGCUCAACAAUCCCAUCAGCAACCAGACCACACAUCUGGACAUCACUCAACUCUGUCACACAUGUUCAGACUCUGAACACUGUUGUGGUUCUACUGAAGCUGUGAUGCAAUUGGUCCUCUCUGCUCUGGUGGGCGUGGCUACUAUCAUUAUUGUGGUUUAUGACAUCAGAUCCAGAAGAGCAGAACAAGAUCAAGAACAAAUUCACACCUCAGGAAUCUAAAUGACGAUGCUGUAAUUUGUCAUAUAACUAUUUUUUGAAUGAUUUGUCAAUCUUUUUUUUUUUUUACAGGCUUUAUAUAAUCAUCUGCUGGUAUGGGUGAAGCUAAUUUCCAAAUGCUCAUAACGUUAUGAAGCGAUGAGAAAACUUUCCGUAAGCGAAGAAAAAAAAAUAAUGACUUUAUUCAACAAUUCCUUUGUCAACAGUCUCCUCUGUGUCUCUCUAUAUCUCCGUAUG